UAUUGAAUUGGACCUGUGAAAUAAUUAUAAACAAAAACAAUGGUUACUCGAAUGUGUGCCUACAAGGAUUGUGAUAAUUAUUACAAUAUCCAUGACAAGACCAGGCGUAAUGUCACUCUAUUUGCAUUUCCCAAACAACCGGAUCGCGCCAAGCUUUGGCGGGAACUGGCUGCAGUGCAUCCAAAAAGCAGCGAACAACUGUUUAUGUGUUCAAAGCAUUUCGAUCCCAAAUAUAUAGCUAAAUCCAAUACUCGCUCCAAACUAGUUGGCGAAGCUGUGCCCUAUGCCUAUAAGUCAAACACUUCCGUACAAACAACUAGAAAUUAUGAGGAGGAAUCUUUUAAAGAAAUUGAAGUAGAAACCACGACAUCCCCAUCACAGGAGAGUUAUUAUAUUAAUAUGGCUGGCAGCGAUGAAGAUGAGAUCAAUAUUAAUACCGUGGAAUCAUCUACAACAAAUGUAAAUUUUGAAUCUGCAGAAUAUGAAUUAGUUGAACCGGAGUCUCUGUAUGAUAAUGAAAUUAAGGUCAGCCUAGUGUCACCUUCAAGGAAACGACUGCGGACUAACUCGCAAUCAGAGCCAGCGGCUGUAAUUCAAGUUCCAUUACUACCUUCCCCCGCUACAGAGGCUAGGACAUCUAAUACCCCAGCUCAAAAUGCACAAACUGUCGAAGAUUCGACGCUGGUUGAUGUCAAUGAAGUCUCCACGUUUAAUUUCAAAGGUGAACAAUACGUACAAAUGUCCCUAGAGUACUAUCUAAGGGAAAAGCGGGAAAUGCACCGACUUUUGACUUCGUACAAGAAAGCUUUAAAAAAUAUUAAGACACAAUUCACUGGAUUAGAUGUAUGACCAAGAGAAUAUAAGCCUAAAGUAAGAUACCAAUGGGUCCAGUAUUAAUUAAUAAUUAAAAUUCUACAAAUACUAUUGUAGUUUUUGAUAUA